CAAACCAAAGCAGGAAAAUAACAUCACCACAACAUCACCACAAAGAAGGCAGCUUGUGACCAUAAUGCUCUGUGCAGGAGGUCGGAACAGGCUUAGCUAGUUUUCAUGCCAGUUUUCAUGCCAGCUAGUUUUCAUGCCAGAACAGGCUUAGCUAGUUUUCAUGCCAGGCUUAGCUAGUUUUCAUGCCUGAUAAAAUAUAGCUUCUCCUCUUUUCUCGUAUCUAGGGAGAAACACUUAGGAAUGCCUUUUGUUACUCACUAAGAUGCCAUUUUAGAGUAAAAUGAAGGACAAUAAAUAAUCAUGCCUUAGAUUAUGCCCAUGUACUGUACCUCAAUGUGUAUGAUUAUGUUUGAUACCUGUAUGGAGGCUAAGCAUAUUUUUAGCAUCUGGAUAACUGCAUGUGCAAGAAAAAACGAAUGUAAAAGUACCUUGUAAACAUAAAACACAUCCUGGCCCCACCCAUGUAGUAUCGCCACUCAUUUUCAUUUCAUGAAGUGAAACAAAGUCAAUUUGCUUUACAAAAGCAAAAGCAAAGAACAGUUUAUAAAAUCAUGAAAGGAGAAUAACUGUAUAGUUUUAAAAAUAGCAGUAUACAUGAAAUAGAAUAAUUAAAAUACAAAAUAUAGGGUGCAUUUAAUUAAAGGUAUAAGUGCAUUUGAUCAGUUAGCAAAAUGCAUCUGAGAACAGUUUGGUCUUCAGAAACUGGCAACAGUUGGAGCAUUUUUCAUGCCAUCUGAAAGUUGAUUUCAGAGCUGCACCGCACAGACAAAUCUGACAGUUUCCCAACAAAUAUUUCUCUGAGAUCUGAGAAGUCUGAAAGGUGUAUAUAGCUGAAACAUGUCUGAGAUAAUUCAGACUCAUCCCAUUUGUUGAUUUAUAAACCAGUAUCAGUGCUUUUAAGUCACUGAUAUGCAUGGCACAUGACACAAAUGAUCAGUUCACUUAUGUUAGCACCUACAGUAUGCAGAGUGCUUUAGUUUGGCAAUGGGGUGAUAAAAAGCUGAUAUAGCCUAUUGCUUUCAUGGCUGUUGAAAGUGAGAUGGAAAUGAAGACACCAAGAUUGUUAACAACGUCCUUUGCUUUAAGCUCCUUUGUGUCAAGAAGAGUGGCAAUCCUUUCCUCCUUUUAACAAAUAUAAUUACUUCAGUUUUGUCCCUUUUUGAGACAUCCAGCUGUUCAUUUGGUUGAUAGAUUGACUAGACUCAAUGGGGCCAUUAGGCAACAGGGCUAAGUAAAUGUGUGUGUCAUCAGCAUAGCUAUGAUAGGAAAUCAAAUUGUACUUCAUGAUUUGUCUUAGAGGGAGCAUAAAGGUUGAAUAACAGUGGCCCGAAUAUCGACCCCUCUGGGACACCACAGGCCUGACACCAGUCUGGAGAGAGAGAAGUGGGACUUUUGAAAUGAGUCUCUCUGCAGACACAGAGGAAGGCAAUUCCUCUAAAUCAAAUCAUGCUGCUGCAGAGGAGUGUGUUGCUCCCUACCAGACUGAGAGAGCAGCAUCUUCGAUGCCCAGUUAUGUGUCCAUGAAGAGUGAUCACUACUCCAUGGUGGAUCCAUCGUGUUCCAGUGGAGAAUCUCCUUCCAACCCAGAAGAGAAGACCCAGAGAGCACCAUCUCCAGUGCCCAGCUGUGUGUCCAUGAAGAGUGAUAUCUCCAUGAAGAUACCCCCUGACUUGAGUGAUGACAAACCAUCUUUUAAUCCAAGAGAGAAGACCCAGAGAGCAUCAUCUCCGGUGCCCAGCUGUGUGUCCAUGAAGAGUGACAUCUCCAUGACGAUACCCCCUGACUUCAGUGAUGAGAAGCCUUCUUUUAAUCCAAGAAAGAAGACCCAGAGACCAUCAUCUCCAGUGCCAAGCUGUGUGUCAAUGAAGAGUGAUAUCUCCAUGAAGAUACCCCCUGACUUAAGUAAUGAGAACCCCUCUUUUAAUACAAGAGAGAUGACCCAAAGAGCAGCAUCUGAAGUGCCCAGCUGUGUCUCCAUGAAGAGUGAUAUCUCCAUGAAGAUACCCCCUGACUUGAGUUUUGAAAAGCCUCCAAGUGAGGAGAGGGAAGGUCUGAUCCUUGAUCAGUCCAAGAGUGGUGUAUGUGAGCAGGUCCCUGAUCCAGUUCAGCAGCAGAAUUCUUACCAGCCAGACGAUGAUGUCCUGCACCUUAUUAAAGAGAGACACAAAUGCAAUAUGAAGACCAAGUACGAGAGCCUAUUUGAGGGACUCAAAGUACAAGAGAAUAAAACUCUCCUGACAGAGUUUUACACUCAACUCUACAUCAUUGAAGGAGAGAGUGAAGGGGUGAAUGAAGAACAUGAAGUGUUACAGAUAGAGAAAAUAUCCUGGAAACACUUAAAAGACAAGCCAAUCGACUGCAAUGACAUUUUUGUAAAUACACCUGAAGAAAGUGAAAAAAUAAAAGCAGCACUUACUAAAGGAAUUGCUGGAAUUGGGAAAACCGUCUCUGUGCACAAGUUCAUUCUGGACUGGACUGAGGGAAAUGCCAAUAAGGAUGUAGAUUUCAUGUUCAUGCUUCCUUUCCGUGAGCUGAAUUUGAUUAGAAAUGACCAGUACAGCCUCUAUAGUCUUCUAGUUGACUUCUAUCCAGAACUUCAAGGUGUAGACUCAAAGAUAUAUGACAAGUGUAAAGUUGUGUUCAUCUUUGAUGGCCUGGAUGAAAGCAGAAUUCCACUACAUUUUUCAGACUGUGAGAAGGUAUCUGAGGUUACUGUGGUAUCGUCAGUGGAUGUGUUGAUGACAAACCUCAUCAAAGGAGAGCUGCUUCCAUCUGCUCUCAUCUGGAUAACCUCAAGACCAGCAGCAACCAAUCAGAUCCCCCCUCAAUACAUCAACCGUGUGACAGAAGUUGAGGGCUUCAAUAACCCUCAGAAGGAGGAAUACUUCAGGAAAAGAGUCCCUGAUGAACAUCAAUCCAACAAAAUCAUUUCACACAUUACAACAACAAGGAGCCUAUACAUCAUGUGCCACAUACCAGUAUUUUGCUGGAUCACAGCCACUGUGCUUCAAAAGAUUCUGGAAGAAGAUGACAGGCCAGAAAUCCCCAAAACUCUGACUGAAAUGUACAUACAUUUCCUGCUCAUUCAGACAAAUGUAAAGCACGAUAAGUUUGAUAAGGGAGGUGAGAGAGAUCCAAAGAAGCUCCUACAGUCAAACAGAGAAGUGAUUCUGAAACUUACUGAGCUGGCCUUCAAACAACUGAUGAAGGGCAAUAUCAUGUUCUAUGACGAGGACCUGAGAGAGUGUGGCAUAGAUAUCACUGAGGCUUCAGUGUACUGUGGGUUAUGUACCGAGAUCUUUAAGGAGGAGUCUGUGCUUAAUCAGAAGAAGGUCUACAGCUUCAUACAUCUGAGCUUUCAGGAGUUUUUUGCUGCUCUCUAUGCAUUUCUUUGUUUUACCAGCAAUAACAUGCAGGCAGUUGAUUUCUUCCUGGCAGAUGACGAGGAGUUGAACAAGACAAGUGAAGAAGAUGGAUCUGAGAAAGAUGCAUUGUAUAAACUACAAAAAGCAACGGUUGACAAAGCCUUACAGAAUAAGAAUGGACAUCUGGAUCUUUUUCUGAGGUUUUUUCUUGGAAUUUCACUGGACUCCAAUCAGAGUCUCCUUGAAGGUCUACUGACCCAUACACAGAAGAGCUCUGGGAGCAUUGAGAAUACCAUUAAGUACAUUACAGACAGUGUCAAAGAUGUGAGAAACGAAAAUGUCUACCCUUGUCUAUUUGCUACACGUCAUGUCUCAUCUGAGAGACACAUCAACCUUUUCCUCUGCCUGCUGGAAAUGAGAGACCAGUCUCUUCACAGAGAAAUUGAGGAACUUCUAAAAUCAGAUGAACGCUCAGACGAUAUACUCUCUGCUGCACACUGUUCAGCAAUGGCAUACAUUCUUCAGAUGUCAGGGGAGGUGUUGCAUGAGUUUGACCUUAAGAAAUUCAAUACAUCAGAAGAAGGUGCUCGAAGAUUGGUACCAGUUGUGAUGAACUGCAGAAAAGCGUUAUUUGCGAAUGGUUAUCUCACUGAGCAGUCCUGCAAAAUUCUGGCCGCAGCUCUACAAGCUGCAAACUCACCCUUGAGAGAGCUGGACCUCGGUAGCAAUGAGCUGCAGGAUUCAGGAAUGAAGCUGUUCUUGACUGGAUUGAAGAGCCCAGAGUGUAAACUGGAGGUCUUGGGAUUGGCAUGCUGUAAACUCUCUGAUCAGUCUUGUGAAGCUAUGGCCUCAGUUCUACAAUCAGAGACCCUUCCUUUGAGAGAACUGGAUCUAAGUAAUAAUGAUCUGCAGGAUUCAGGGGUGAAUCUGCUUGUUGCUGGGCUGAUGAAUAACCCUAACUGUAAACUGGAGAUAAUGAGGCUGGCCAUGUGUAAUCUCACUCAUGGGUCCUGUAAGGUUUUUGCCUUAAGUCUCCAAUCUGAAUCCUUGCCCUUGAGAGAGCUGGACCUGAGUAACAACGACCUGCAGGAUUCAGGAGUGAAUCUGAUCUCUGUUGGACUGAAGAGCCCACAUUGUAAACUGGAACUACUGAGAUUGUCUGGCUGUUUAGUCACAGAGGAUGGCUGUUCAUACCUGGCUUCAGCUCUGAGUUCAAACCCCUCACACCUAAUAGAGCUUGAUCUGAGCUACAAUCACCCAGGAGACAAAGGAGUGAAGCUACUCUCUGCUAGACUGCAGGAUCCACAUUGCAAACUGAAGAGACUUAAUGUGGACCAUGAUGAAGUGUUCAGGAUUAUUCCAGGAAUACGAAAGUAUACCUGUGAACUCACACUGGACCCAAACACAGCACACAUGGAACUCUCUCUGUCUGAAGGGGACAGGCAGGUGACCCAUGUGAAAGAGAAGCAGUCAUAUCCCGAUCAUCCGGAAAGGUUUGAGCAGCGCCGCCAGGUGUUAAGUAGAGAGAGUCUGUCUGGACGCUGCUACUGGGAGGCUGAGUUGAGUGGUUUCAGGGCUGAUAUCGCAGUGACAUACAAAAGUAUCAUUAGAAAAGGAAAAGGACACGACCGCGUAUUUGGAUACAAUGACAAGUCCUGGAAUCUAAACUGCUUCAAGAACAAUUACUGUGCCUGGCAUGAUGAUAAUUACACAGAUAUACCUGCCCCCAUAUCUUUGACCAAAAGGGUAGGAGUGUACUUAGACUGGUUGGCCGGCACCUUGUCUUUCUACAGCAUCUCCUCGGACACACACACACUUACUCACUUACAUACAUUCUACUCUACAUUCACUGAACCUCUCUAUGCAGGGUUUGGUGUUUCUAGCUCCUGGGUACGCCUGUGUCCUAGGACAGAUGUUUCCAACUGACGAUGACCUUUAAUAAGAAAUAGUGAUAUAGCCAUAGUGAAACUAUAGUGUAUUAUUAUGGCCACCGCACUUGCGCAGCGUGAUCUGAUUUUGAAUUUUGAUUCUGAACGGGUUUUUUUUUUUAUUAUUUACUGGCAGUUCUUAUUGUCUCAUCUUGAAAGUCUUUGUUUCACAGUAUGAUUUAGCGAUAGUCUUAUAUGAAUUUUUACUUGAUUGUGACUUGUUUGGUGCACAAAAGGAUAUCCCUUGUGUGAGCAUGUGGCUAUUGUGUUCACAUAAAGAAUCCUUAGAGGAUUUAAUGGAUUUAAAGAGUGGCACUAUACCCUAAUCAAAUGGACUUGGACCCUGGCAGCUUUUGUGUUCAUUUAGUGGCACUGGUGUGGUAGUAAGCUUUUUGAGACAUUGCCAGGCUCUAAUCCAGGGGUCGGCAACCUGCGGCUCUAGAGCCGCAUGCGGCUCUUUAGCGCCACCCUGGUGGCUCCCUGCAGCGUCUUCAAAAAUGUAUGUAAAUGAAUGGGGGGAUUUUUGUUUGUUUGUUUUAAUAUGGUAUCUGUAUGAGGACAAACAUUCUUAACGUUUUCCAAUGUUGUAAAAAUGUGCAUAAUGAAUAUUAAAGUUCAACAUUUCUGUCAACGAA